CGUUAAUAAUGCAAUUGCAAUGACUUGUUAGGUGUCAUGAUCGUGGAGGUGGAUAUCUCGUGGAAGCCGCCACCUCCUGAGUGGGACCCUCAACACCGACGGCUCCGUUCACACUGAUACAGGUCACGCCGGAGCUGGUGGCCUGUUAAGAGAUACAACUGGUAGGUGCCUUAUGGCAUUUACAAUGAACCUGGGUGCUUGCUCUAUCACCCGGGCGGAGUUGAGGGGCGCUGUGGAAGGGCUGCAGUUAGCUUGGGAUGCUGGGUUCCGCCACGUCAGGCUGGAGUUGGAUUCUGCUUGUGCUUGCCAGCUGCUGCAGAGUACCGACUCUGGGGAGCAUCACCAUGCAACCGAUUUGGAUAGAGCUCAGGAGCUGCUUAAAAGAGAGUGGGACGUCUCUGUCACCCACAUCUAUAGGGAGGGUAAUAAGUGUGCAGACUUUCUUGCUAGUCGGGGGCAUGUUGCACCCUUGGGGUUACAUAUGUUUUCUGUUGCCGAUCCUAUGUUUUGCAACUGGCUUUUGUACAAUGUUCAAGGACUCUCUGAAUCCCGUAUGGUUUUGAAUGAAAGGUAGGGUGCGACUGCAUCCAUUUGAUCAUAUAUAUAUAUAUACAUGACUCAAGACGUGAGAGCGAUAAUAAAUAUGUUGUAUUUGAUAGUUAUAUUAAACAUUUAAUAAUAAUAUUAUUGCAUUAUCUUAGAUUUGAAUGUAUGUAAUUGUGGGGCGACCGGAUAUUGAGUUGCUGGUAAGGGAGAGAGGGGGGUCGUACUCUUAUUGAGUUUGGAGAUGGGGACACCUAACUGAUCAGCUACUACGUUAUUGGAGAGAGAGAGCAAGCAGGAUUCACCACUACUUCUUUCCCGAUAUUUGGCCCGGCUUUUAGAAGUGAUUUCGGGUUCAAAAGUUAAAGCAGGGCCAAACACCUGUAAAAACUCGGCUUUUGAAAACCCGAAAAGCGCUUUUGUAUAACAUAAAAGCAGAAGCUCCGAUUUGAAGCUUCUACGAAAAACUGUUUUGAAAACACAAGAUUAUCAUUACCAUAUUUUAAUUUUUUUUCAGAAAAUAUAAUUUUUCUUCAUUUAUAUCAUUUUAAAAAUAAAAUAAAAUAUAAAUCAUAUUAUUUAAUAUAAAAUAAAUCUAACAAGAUCCAUUUUGACAACAUUUUAUUGUUUAGAAUUUUUAUUUUUAUUUUAUAUUAUAAGUCUUUUAUAGUCAUUUUACACAACCUCUUAUAUUAAAAAACACUUUUAAUAGUUUUACAGCCAAACACUCAACUGUUUUUUUUAAAUUACUUAUCUAAAAGCUCCAGCAAGAAGCUGCUUCUGCAAAAGCUACAGCAGGGCCAAACUAAGCUUUUGUCUUUUCUCUUCGGCUGAGCAAAUACGGCUCUUGUAGGUUUUGUGACGAGUGAUGACAAGUUGACAACGAGCCCGUUGUGUUCGUUUCAAGUACAAGUUGUAGAGUUGCAGCGUGUUAUGUGUACUAUAUGUAUAGUGAGUACUAGAAUGGGGUCGGGCGGCCCGUAAGUAGAUACUCAUGUCCUGCCUCACGCUACUGCGGGUUAGGUGAUUUCGCUCCAUUGCGGGUCAGGUAGGGUAAUACCCGCGAGACGUAUUCAAAUUGUCAUCACUAUUAAGGACUGAAUUUACCACUCUAACCAUGAACUAUUUCAAACUCAUAUCAUCUAUCGCCAAAUGUUCUAACAAAAUAAUUCAAACUAUAUCACAAAAGACAUCAUACUUUUAUAAAAUUCAAGUUAGUAACUACUAAUUAGACUAACAAUCCAUAGUGAACCACACAAAGUCUUUCAAGAUGGAAGUUUUCCUAUAGAUGUUGUCUUCAUGCCCGUUCGAAAUGCAAAUCAUAGUGUUCAUUCUUAUGAAAAUGGAAAUGAAAAGCAAGACAAAGAGACCGAGAAACGAAGAAAACGAAUGAGAAAUAAAAUUAGCAAUUCAAUUUGGAUAGUCUUAGUUGAAGUUAAAGUUAUUCUCUUAAUUUUUUGGUAGUUAAAAUAGUGAACCAAUGAAUCAGUAAAAUCAGAGUGAUUCAUCUCGUUUCAUGUUAAAGGUAAAAACUUUUUGGUCCAUCACAUACCGUGCAAGUUAACUAAUUGCACAACUAUUGAAACUAGUUUGCUGAUCUUACUGAUCGAGUCGCUGAUCCAGUUAAAUUAUUAUAGCCAUGCUUAUAUUUUUUUUUAACAAAACAAUGCUUGUAAAUUAUAACCCAUUUAUAUUCGGGCUCGUUUGCUUCAUGGAUUUGAUAAAUGAAGGGUUUGGUCAAAACUUGGGUUUAUAAAACCAAGAAUUUAUG